AUGACGGACGAGCAGCUCCAACGGGAUCAAGCGCGUCUUUACGCUGCAAUUGAAGGCGUUUCGGACAGCGCACUUCAGACGCACAUGCUGGCGGCGUUACGGGCUUUUGAUACGUCCACGAGCUCCUCGCCGUCAAUUGAAUUGCAGCAAGAGACUGGAACAGAUGAUGGUAUUGCUGUCCAGCUGAGGGCGAAGGCUGUGACGGUGCAGAAGCCUCGAGACGCGCUCUUCUUGGCAGUUCACGUGCUGUUGCUGGAAGCUGGGUACAAGCUGAAAGGGAAUGCGGCCUCGGGGUUUGCCCUGCCUGAGGAUUGGGACGUGGAUAGUGACAAAGGACUCUUUCAUGCAGAGUACGUUCACCCGAACGAUGACUCGAUCAAGUUCGCACUCCAGGGACUGGUCGUUGGAGAUAAGCUGGAGGUGUACGUGUCCGACGACAAGGACCAUACGCACUCGAUUGAAUUGAGUCUGGACAAGCACGUAGCCUCGAGCGAGUCGACGUCUUCUCUCGCGGCGGCGGACCUACUCCAAGAUCUCAAGACAUUGCGAGAGGUGUUGACGCCAUUCGCUGAGAGCAUUCGACCUGCAAAGAAGAAGGAGAAGACCUCCACGACAGCAGGUCGUCCAGCGUUCGUGCACCCGCCACACCGUGAUGAUCGAGGAGCUUCUGGCAUUCCGUCAUCACCUGCUCGUAUUCCACCCGUUGGGAGCGGUGACGUGUUCCCACCGAGCCUUGGAGGAGGGGGUAACGGCAAUCCAGGCAUGUUGGUCGGACCCGACCAUCCCCUCUUUGGCCAUCGCAGUGACCCAUCGAUGGGUCCCGUGCCUGGUGCUCGCUUUGACCCUUUCGGUCCACCUUUGAACCCUCUCGGUCCAAGUGGCAUCCAUGGUCCACCAUCUCGUGGUCGUGCGCCGCCGAUGCCAUUCGGAGGACCAGGACCUGAUCACUUGCGUAUGCCGCGCGACGACGAUGACAUGGACCCUGGUUUCGGCUUGAAUGGACGUGGCAGUCGUAGCGGAGGCGGCGGGUUCUCCCAGCCAUUCGGGUCGAACCACUCGUUUUUCUAA